AUGAUGGUCGAGCUCAAAAACGAACACCCGUCGCUCUUCCCCUGGCUCUUACCCUACCCUGGCGACUGGCACUUCUGCCUCAAUCUGCAUCCGGUCUACAAAAAAAUAUACUUCGACGCUGGCCUGAUCGACCUUGCACCCCUGAUGGGCUACCCCCAUGACGCGACAAUUUUGAAAGAGGGCACCAACUUCCGCCGCAACAACCUAUUCAAGCUCCGGGUAUGGGAGGCGAUGUUUCGCUUCCAGCUCAAGCUCUUUUGGAAGAGCGGAGGCCUGCCUUUCCUUGACGCUGCUGCGGCGACGGAGCUGGAGGAAGAGGUUCGGAGGGCGGAGAGGCCUGGGCCACCUGCGGACGGGGACACGGUGGAUCAGGCAGAGCUUCCCGCGCGAGUGCAAGCAGUGCUCGACGCGCUAGGGGUCGACCUGGACGGCCUCUAUGUUGCUUUCAUGGUUUGGGGUAAAAAAGCCUCCGAAUCGAAGAAAACGUGGCGGUUUUGGUGGGACUACGUUCACCAAGAAGGGCUUGCGUACGUGUCUUUGUUCCUAGCGAUUCGGACGGGCAACUGGAACCUGAAAAUGGCAGUCUACGUAAAGCUCGCCCCUCUAGUUAGAUCGCAAGACAGGACGCACUACCAGCAGCUGGUGCCCAUUCACUUGGCGGACAUGCAAGCCUGGCCCUCCUACGUAGUCAGAGCAUUAGCUAAUGGAGCCUGGGUUGCAAACCUUUCUGGCCGCCCGCACGUGUGUCUUGGAAAAGACGAGUGCCACGAGUGCUUGGUGAACCUAAACGUCAAGGGUGCCUCGCAUAACGCCGUUAGCUCUGAAAACCUCCAAAUUAUGACAAACACGCUGCCCUACAUAGGAGAAGCGGUAAAAAACGUGCACCAGCAGGUCGACGGACUGGGGCGGCGUAACGUGGUGGACGACAAAGAAAGUAGCAACGAGGGCACCCAACGCUACUCUGAAAUCAACAUUCAAAACGCGACAAACCAUCUCCUCGAACACGGUUGGCUCUCACCUGAAUUGGUGCCACCGGAGCAAGAUAGGCUGGGCCACUUGUUCAAAGCAACGGUUGCCACCAAGGACUCCUAG